AUGGAUGUUCCGCAGACUGAUAGUGGAUAUCCGACACCAAGAGAUGAGCAACUACCAAGCUCCGUAAGUGAAAACAUAUAUUUUUGGUAGAAAAAACGAGAAAAAAAUUGCAGAGUCGAUCUUUGUCACCGAUAACAUCAACGCCUUUGAGAAAUGUUGAGCGCAAAAGUUUGCGAGAUCAUUUCGAAAACUUUGAGGAGAAUAGGCAGAAGAAUGAGCAAAGUCCAGAGCAACAAAAACAAUCGAUAAUUCGAAUAAUAAAACCAUACAUGGAAAUGAGUAAAGAAAUGAAACGAUUGAAAAAAGAAAAUGAGAGUUUGCGAGAAGAAUCAUUGCGAUUUUCAAGAUCAGUUUCACCAUCACCAUCAACAGUACCUCCGGAAAUUCCAAAAUUAAUAUUUGGCGACAUGAAAUUGAAAGACGAAAUAAAACGUGAACUCACAGCAUCUUUUGUGAAAAUCGAAGCGGAUCCCGUAUUUUUCGAAAAAAAGCUUGAUGAAAUGAUUGAACAGGCAACUAAGAAAAUAACUGCCACUGCUUAUAUUGAUAUCAAAACUGAUGCUGAUGCUCAAACUGAGAGUGAAUGUAAUUUUCAUGAGGCUGAAUUGCGAAUUGAAUUGGAUGAUUUGACAAAUCGAUUGGAAACUACAGAAAAAGAAAAAGAUUCUAUUGGAAAAUCGACUGUUUGA